UUAUGUAUGUACAUAUAAGAAGAACACAUGAUAUAAAAGAACGAUGAGUAAAAGCUCGUGUUACCCGGUCCGCGGAAUCAUUUUUUAAACCAGCACUUCGGUAUUUUACGUUUCGUUGGAUAGGUUCGUCACUCGUCCUUAUUAGGUUACGUUUUUAAAUGGAAGAGGCGGCGAUUGAGUCGCCGGUGUCACAUUUAGACAGUAAUGAUUAUAUCAACGAGGCAGACGACGAGAAUUCUUGUGGAAAUUGCAAUGACACAGAGAACGAACGCGAUAUUCCACAUGGGGAAUGCACACCGCAGCAGACAUCGACGUCUAGACAAAUCGACAAUUCCAUUUUUAAUACCAUCUCUAAAAUUGUUAAUCCUGCGGCAAAGGUACCCGAAAUUCAAGAUUUCAAGAUUGUGAAGCCUAUAAGCCGUGGAGCAUUUGGCAAAGUGUUUCUUGGGUUCAAAAAGUCAAAUCCUGACAAAAUAUACGCCAUUAAAGUAAUGAAGAAGAACGAAAUGAUUAAUAAGAACAUGGCUUCUCAAGUGAUAAUUGAACGCAAUGCUUUGGCUUUAACCCGUAGUCCUUACUGUGUACAAUUAUUUUAUUCGUUGCAGUCGGUUACCAGUGUCUAUUUAGUAAUGGAAUAUAUGGUCGGGGGAGAUCUUAAAAGUUUGCUCGGCGUAUAUGGGUAUAUGGAAGAGCCAAUGGCAGCUUUUUAUACCGCAGAAGUGUGUCUCGCGUUGGAGUACCUUCAUUCUCAUGGCAUUGUGCAUAGAGAUUUAAAACCAGACAACAUGCUACUGUCGCGAGAAGGACACGUGAAGCUGACAGAUUUUGGGCUUAGUAAAAUAUCCUUGCAUAGGGACCUUGAAAUAUCCGAUUUAGUCAAUUGUACACCUAGCCUUUUAACCAGAACCCCUGGACAACUCCUCUCGCUGACGUCGCAUUUAUCUUUUGGCUCUGGUCAAAGAUCCGCCAGCGAAUCCAAUCUCAGCGAGAAGAGCACGCCUGGUGUUAAUCUACUCUCUGCCUUGCAAAAGCAUUGUACGAAAUUUCAGUCGUCACCCAACUCGGUAGUUUCCUCUGCAGCAUCGGGAGAUUAUUCUCGAGUAUCUGGCAUUACUCCCUUCCAAUCUGCCGAGAAUCUCUGUUUCGGGGAACGUAUAGCGAAUAACGUGAUUGUUGAAACAACCGACGCGGGACAAGAGAGCAGCUCUGGAAGUUACUACACGUGCGAAGCAUCUUCCAUUCGAGAGAACAAUCAGUUGAGUAAGGACGCGGAAGACGAAGACGAGUCUACUCUGGAAGCUGAACAGUCUCAGCCGUCUGCUUUUCAUACUAGUCCAUUGAGUACGUGCGUGAAUUCUUUGGUACGAGGCGCGAAAAGGAAGAGGCCAACGGCAGGGGGGGCGACUGGUUUAACCUGUGAAAUAAACGCAAUGGAAUUGGACGUGGACAAGACACCAAAACGAAAGAAUCGCGGCUGUAUAUUUUCCAGAAGCCCGAUGGAUUCCAAUAUUUGCGAAUCGAUACAGCAAUCGAAUAUCGUAAAGAACGCAGCUGAGGUACAAGAGAGCGGAUCCGGGGGAAGGGUUGCGUUCAGUACACCCGUCUCGUCGACGAAACAAAGGUGUUACAGCGACGGAGAUAGGGAGAAAUCCGAAGAGGGAAGAGCACCUUUGAUCAAAGCUACUAGAUUCCAGCUACCGCUGCCACUCGCGUCACUCCGAGGUUCCGAUACGUCCAUGAACGAUUCGGUGGAAAAGCAUCGCUCUCCUCAGGGCAUAUCGCCUAUCAAGACUCCAGCUAAUUCGGGAAACUGUUACACACCUUACAGAACUCCAAAGUCCGUGAGAAGGGGUGGUCAUGGUGGUAUAAAAAGUUCGGACGAUCGCAUACUCGGGACGCCCGAUUAUUUAGCUCCAGAGUUACUUUUAAAACAAGGUCAUGGUCAUGCGGUGGAUUGGUGGGCUCUGGGCGUAUGUCUCUACGAGUUUUGCACCGGUGUUCCGCCAUUCAACGACGAAUCGCCGCAAGCUGUGUUCGCUAAUAUCCUGGCUAGGGAUGUACCUUGGCCCGAGGACGAAGAAUCUUUGUCGUCGGCGGCCACGGAGGCUAUAGACGCUCUCCUCACUUUUGACCAAUACGAACGACCCUCCGCAAAGGAAGUACGAGCUAUGAGUCUCUUUCAAGAUUUCCCUUGGAACGAACCGCUCAAGGCGGUGCCGCCUUUCAUACCUCAACCAGACGAUAAUUACGAUACAUGCUACUUUCAAGCACGGAACAUCAUGCAGCAUCUAAACGUGAGCAAUUGCGACACGUGAUCUAGGCUAAACUGGGGAAACUGUUGAUACACUGCCCUGCGUUACGACGGGAAUAGAAUGUUAACACAAGAAUUGUUACAUUGUAAAACUAUUUUUUUAUAUAGUUGUAUAAGUAUAAUACUAAAAAAUAUUUUGUUACGA